AUGUCAACUGCGUCGCUAUCUCGCGCUUUUCUUCGGCCGUCGCGCCGCUUGUUCGCGGUGCCUGUGCGAACUUUGACGACGACCUCGAUUCGGUGGCACCAAGAUCUCCCCAACACGCCAGAGCUCGAGGUCGGCGAGCUGGAGGGCGCCAAGUUCAAGAUCGAGCCUCUACGACGCACCGGCGAAGAUGCCAACACCAAGCGCGCUCGCCUCCUGUACCAGUCGCGCAAGCGCGGCACGCUCGAGUCCGACCUGCUGCUCUCUACCUUUGCCGCUACCAACCUGCCCACCAUGACACCAGCCCAACUCACCGAGUACGACCUGUUCCUGGAUGAGAAUGACUGGGACAUCUACUACUGGGCGACGCAGCGCGAGUCGUCCUCCUCUACGAACCCGUCGUCGCCCAACCCAGCAGUCGCGGAGAGCAGCGCCAGCUCGACCGACCCUAGUAAUGCCGAGGACAUCAUCAAGCGAGAGCCUCCUCGCGGAGAGUGGGCCCAGACGGUUGGGAACUACAGGCCUGCAUACAGGCCCGUACCCGCCAGGUGGAGGGACAGCGAGAUCCUGGAGCUGCUCAGGCAACAUGUGAGGAACCGCAGCGUUGAUGGGAGUGAUGGGUCGGGCAUGCAGUUCAUGCCGGCUCUGGACUGUAAGUGA